UACAAAAGACGUUGGUAAUAGCAUUGAAGUUAAGUAAAGAAAUGAAGUGUUGCCAACUGAUUAGUAAAUGAUUGUGUGAUUUAUAAAUAAUCAAAAAAAGCAGUGUCAAAACUUGAAUUAAACGUGAUUUUGUUGUGAGCAAGAGGAUUGAAAAAGUUAUCACAAUUGAGGGUCAAGAAGAAGCACAAUCUGAAGACAGUCUUCCACAAGGUGGUCAACCACCAGUAGAAGAGCCUUCUGCCGAACCCGCCACAAGCGACGAAGAUUCUAAAUCAUCGGACAUAGUGUCAAGUGGUACCGGGGAUAUUGGUGAAGCUGGAAAAAUGACGGAAAUGACUUCUGACGUCAAUAUGGAGCACGGAUCUCAGACAAAGGUGUAUGGUGGAUGCGAAGGUCCAGAUGCCAUGUAUGUAAAGUUAAUCUCAUCGGAUGGCCAUGAGUUCAUUGUUAAGCGUGAACAUGCAUUAACAUCUGGUACAAUUAAAGCUAUGUUAAGUGGUCCUGGACAGUUUGCGGAGAAUGAAGCUAAUGAAGUGAAUUUUAGAGAAAUACCGUCUCACGUUUUGCAAAAAGUUUGUAUGUACUUUACAUAUAAAGUACGUUACACAAACAGCUCAACAGAAAUACCAGAGUUCCCAAUUGCACCAGAGAUUGCCUUGGAAUUAUUAAUGGCUGCAAACUUUUUAGAUUGUUGAAUGAUUAUUAUUUUUUUUUAUUUUGUGUAAUAUUCAGCAUUCUAAUAAUAUUUAAUAACUUAAAAAAAAGAAAAUACACCAAAUCUCGGGUAUGUGUUUGUAUAACUUGAGAUUCACACAACCAGCCUGCUAAUUAAUUACUUAAUAAUAUAAUAAAU